UCUGUGUGCGUGCCUCCUCUGGUGAGAGGAGGACGGCUUCUGCCUCCAUAAUCACACACAUUCCCUUCACCCCGGUGGCACGCCGCCCCACCUCCUCCUCCUCCUCUUCCUCCCUCCUCCACUCCCUCAGAGACUGAGGGACUGUUUGGGGCUGUUUCUCACUGAGGAUCUGCGGGAUAAUGGAGCGCCAUCACACAGCAGGUCUCAGAGUGUUCAGCAGAUCCUUCCAGCCGGCCCACGCCAGACAGAACCUCCCGUAAAGCAGGGAUUCUGUUUACUGUAAACUUUCUUCUUUUUUGAAAGUCACAGGACAAGGACCUCUUUCAUAUGGUUUUUCUGCGUCAUGUGUUUUUAUGUCGUCUGACAUUUCCCCCCCCUCCCGUGUUUUGAUGUUUAUAUGAGGGGCAGCAACAGGCCCACCAUGGUUUUCCCAACAUAAAUCUUUUUUUUUCCCUACCCUGAAUGCUUUAGUUGAAGCUGCUUUCUGUUUACCUAUAUCUGCGAAUGGGAGGACCUUGUUCGACUUUUUGAAAAAAAAAAAAGAAAAAACGAACUUUGUUUUCCUGAGGCGGAUUUUUGGGUCCGUUUUUUGCUGCACAGAUGGCUCUUUCGGAGGCCAAAGCGCCGGAGACGUCCCGCUCCAGAUGAAGCGCGCCGCGCAGGUUUCUGUUUGGAGGAUUUGCGACAUGGGCUGAGCUCUGGUGAUGACUGCUCUCCUGAAAGCUGCUUAGUUAUGCGAGGAUGGACGCAGGGAAGUGGAGACGGAUUAAGCUUUGAUUUUUCUCGGUCGGACUGCUGUUCCACAUCUUUACGCACACGCGCGGAGACGCCGCAGCCUGGAACAAGAGUCACUCCAUUUGAUGCGUUUUCUCAGUGGAUUUUUAUCUUAAUGUGAUUUAGGGGGGGGGGGCACGUAGAAGACGCUUUCUUUUUUCAUUUAGAAUAACCUUUUCAUAUUUGAUAACUUGAGUGUAGUUGCGACAGACAAAUCGACGAUGCGUCGUUGUCUCCUGAGUGGCAAAAGACGCGGGUGCGUGCGUGAGGAUAUUUUAAAUCGACCAUAGAAAAAGGUGCAAGGUUAAGCUUUCCAGAUGAAGCACUUGUGAGCAGAUGAGCAGUUAAUAACCGGGAACUUCGGAGGGAGCUGAUUUGAAGCUUUGAUUUGAUACUGUAAACUUUUGCGCGCACUUUUUUGGGGUGUUUUUGGGGGGGGUUAUUUUUGUUGCGUCUGGUCGGGAGCCGUCUCUCCGCGCCAUGUGGCCGCCCUGCGUGGCGCUGCUGCUGCUGCUCCGGCUGUCCGGCUCGCUGCUGCCGGUGGAGGGCAUCAACACGUGCGAGUCCAUCAACCUGAAGGCGCAGAAGUUCCGGCGCAUCGAGGCGGUGCGCGGCCAGAUCCUCAGCAAGCUGCGCAUCCGCAGCCCGCCCGACGACGACGACGACGCCGACGGCGGAGACCCGCGGCCGGGCUCCGUGCCCCCGGAGGUGGUCCUGCUCUACAACAGCACGCGCGAGCUGCUCAAGGACCGCGCGCGGCUGGUGGAGUCCGCGUGCGAGCGCGAGAGCAGCGAAGAGGACUAUUACGCCAAAGAGGUGCAGAGGAUCGACAUGACGCCCCCGCGCACCGACUCCAACACCGUGCAGCCAUCGGAACCGAACCGCUACUACAGGGUGGUCCACUUCGACGUCAGCGGGGUCGACCUGACCAACAGCACCAUGGUCAAAGCUGAGUUCAGGAUCUUCAGAGCUCCCAACCCGCAGGCCCGGGCCUCAGAACAGAGAGUGGAGAUCUACCAGCUGCUGAGGCCAGACGAGGACAGCACCUCCACUCAGCGCUACAUUGACGCGCGCACCCUCCAGCUGAGGACCAAGGGGGCCUGGAUCUCCGUGGACGUCACCGAAACCAUCAAGGACUGGGUGUCGGAUCCAGAGAACAAUCUGGGCCUGAAGCUGGGCGUCCACUGCCACUGCUGCACCUUCGUCCCGGCCACCAACAACAUCGUUCCCAAUAAGAGCGAGGAGCUGGAGGCCCUGUUUGCAGGUGUGGACGACGAGCGGCUUCGCCAGAUGAGGAAGCCCGGACAGGUCAAAGGCCAGGCCGAUUUCAGCACCAAGACGCCGCACCUCAUCCUCACCCUGCUGCCCAGCGACAGAGUGGACAACCCGGCCAAGAAGAGCCGCAAGAAGCGGGCCGCCGCCGCAGACGCCACGACCUGCUCCCGCGGCUCCGAUCAGGGAUGCUGCCUGCGCUCGCUCUACAUCGACUUCAGGCGGGACCUCAACUGGAAGUGGAUCCACGAGCCAAAAGGUUACAACGCCAACUUCUGCGCCGGAAACUGUCCUUACCUCUGGAGCGCCAACAACCACUACAACAUGAUCCUGCCCCUCUACAACAAGCUGAACCCCGAGGCCUCCGCCUCGCCGUGCUGUGUUCCUCAGGAGCUGGAGCCCCUCACCAUCAUGUACUUUAUUGGGCGCACGCCGCGUGUUGAGCAGCUCUCCAAUAUGGUGGUCAAAUCCUGUAAGUGCCGCUGAGGGACACCCAGAGGAGACCUACACAAACACCACGAACUGAUCCUCUCUUAUGGAUUCUCUUCUCAAUAAGCUUUACCUUUUGACAGACGUGUGAGAUUUUUUUUUUCCAAUGCUAUUUGAAUCAGAAUAAGAACAUUUCCUCCCAUUUCUGCAUAUCUCGGCCUUAUUUCUUAGUUCUCUGGAACUUUUCUUUCGAUGACUUGGGGCUCUGUAAAUGUGACAACAGUGCUCUAUUAAACCUGUGCUUGGAGAUUAAAGUCUGAAGGCGGUUUUGUGUGAUUUGGCCACAUUUGGCCCGGCCGCUGCAGAAA